CAAAGUGGACGCCAGUCGACUUCCCGUGCCUCUGUAAACAACGUCAAUGCACGUUCAAAUACCCUCAUGGAGUAUUAUUUCGCGUCUCUUUGUGAUGAUAAUGUAAUUGAUUUCAUAGGUCUGAAUGAAUGAGGCGAAUGAAGGCACUGUUUAUUUCACGUACGCUUCCAAAGAGAAGUGUCGAAAAAUCCCGAGCUGAUUUUGUGUACGUGAAGGGCGCACAGCGUUUAACGUCGGCGGCGCUGCUGGAAAUCGAUCAACAUCACCGAGCAGCACAGCAAAGAAAGCCUCGUCUCUUCAAUUCUUGCUUGAAAAGGAACAUCCUGGACGGCAUCCUCUACCAAAAAAGGCCAGUCUCAUCCAUGUUAAACACCUGCUCCAGGAGAUAGCCACCCUCUUCAAUUAAUUGGGAAAAUUGGUCUGCGCCAUGGUCCGUCGAGGAGGCCUCCCCCUUACAACGAGUGCGGGCCUUCCUUAGUUGACAUGGACGCUUGUGCACGUGUUCGAGGAGCCCCAAUAAGGUCAAGGGCUUUUGUCAGAAAAGAGACUGUUCGUGACACCGGAGCACAGUUUGUUAAGAGUAUUUUACGUAGCAGAAAGGAUCUAUGCAGUAUCAACCUGGAACUCCCAUCCAAAAGUACAAAAGUGACAGAGGUUCAUUUUGUCUGCCUGCCUGGUCAGAAUGAAAGCGACGAUGCUGUGGAUCAGGCCUUGGCCUCCCUUCCGGCUGGAAUGUGUGAGAUGCUCAGGACCUUCCAUGUUCAUGGUCUGAGAAAUGAUGAAGUUCAGUUGUUCAAAGACUCCCGAAGACUUAAAGAUCCCAAUGACAGUGGGCCUCAAUGUUGGCUAAAGGCUGUAUGUGUCUUUCGACACAACCCUUGUGUCAGCGGGCAACAUCCAGCUACCUUCACAUCGUUGACCGGUCUAAUUGGGUGUUACGUCACCGGUGUCCGCUAUGCGCUGGAGCUGCAACGUCUCCACAGGGGUGAGGCGAGACCUUCAGAGGACGAUGACACCAACCAGUCUGUUUCCUCUAUCGAAGACGAUUUUGUCACUGCGCUUGAGAAUCUCGAGGAGGACGAAACGGGAGAGAAUUCCUCCUAUCUCACUUCUAAAAAACGUGAUGUGGCGUCACAGACAGUACCUGCCCAUAAGAGACGAAAGGAACUCUCAGGCUCUCACAUUAUAAUAAGCUCGUCUUCAAAGAAGUAUGUGUCGAAACACAAGCCGGGGCCAGAGGUUUCUGUCACUGUGCAGAGGUCCUCCGGCACGGAAACUCAGUGGACCUACUGCAGUCAACGAGCACCUCUAUCCUCCCCGCCAGUUCAUAUCAGUGAAUCAGAAGAAUCUGAUGGCUCCAGCCCCAGCCCUAUCAUUUUCCUUGACGAGGUGGGCUACCAGAAAAGCAUGUUGGCCAAGCUGGACAUUCCUCAGGUGCCGGGAGGUCCUAGAGAGAGGGUAGAAGACUCAGACUCUGAAGUGAGUGAAUUUUUUGACAGCUUUGACCAGUUUGAUGACCUCGAAGAUUUCACUUCAGAAAGGGGCCCUCUCAUGCUGCCUAUGGAAAAUGAAAGUGCUUCGACCACACAGACGGUAGAAUCUAACACUGUUGUUAUGGCGUCCAAAGACAGUUCAACAAAAGGCAUGUUUCCUCACUGCUUUGAUCAACCAAUCCUCCCAGCCAAUGUGAAAAAACCCACUCCCCUUAAGCCAAGCUCCCCCUAUGGACCGCACUCUGAGGUGCCUGACUCCCCACAACCUGUACAGAGUCCCACAGAGGACAAUGCUGGUCCACUCUUCAGUCCAGUGAGCUCCUCUGCCUUUAGCCCUCUGAUAGAUUCAAGUGGUGUGCUGGAAUAUUUUUGGAAGAAAAGUGAGGAUGGAAGAUGCACCACUGAGUUACGUAAACCUCAAGAUCUUUGUUCUUUGUAUAAAACCUACUCAGACUUUGCUAGCAAUCUCUCAAAAGAAAUUCUUGGAUCUGUCUGCGGGUACCAAUCUGCUACAGACAUUAAUGACAACAAAAAUCUCAGUUGUGUUUGCCACAAGGAAUUCACCAACCCCUUAGGCUACACGAUGAAGCUCUCAGAUAUCCAGGAUACAGUAACUGUUGCUAAGCUACAAAAGACAUCACAGUGUUUGAAGGAUGGAAUCCAGAGGUUUGCAACUGACCUUGUAGAAAUGAGUCUGGGUAGUGCUUUGCGAGACCUCCAAAAAGGUGUGUCUACUUGCACCACCACUUUGUGUCACUUAGCUGCUAGACUCACAUCCUCAGUAUUUCAGAUGGCCUUUCAUGAAAUUGGUAUGCGGCAGGCCUAUGUGUUGAAGGACCGUGCGAUGAAUGGGUUAGCAAACUUCUUGGUUGGAGAGGCGAUAUCUGGUGCACUGAAAGAGUUCUUGAACGUGAAAAAGCAGAUUUUCCAUUGCACAGUAAGCCAGUUCGCGGCAGAUUUAGCAGAAGAGCUGAUUUUUGAAGGUAUAAUGGAGGUGUGUCAGUUCUCCCACCCGUCGACACCAUUAACCCCCAGUGAUUGGACUUUUGGCCGUGUGAAUGAAGAGGAGGAGGAAGAGGAGGUGGUUACUUCUUAUGCUUCAGACUUAUCUGAGUCAGUUAUCCAGGAGGCAUUCAUUGAGCUCUCUCAGGCUGACAUUGCCUUCACUAGCCAAGCAGCCAUCAGUGUUUCUCCUGUUAAUGCAGGGAAUAUGAGUGCUCACACACGCAGUUCAUUGGCAAACCAGCAGCUUUCCAAUGAAAACUCAGCAGAUACUUCAGCAACCUCAGGAGAGAGUGCCCCCUGCACGGUGAAAGAUGCUAUUUUCACUGUGUCAGGCAUGGCAAGCUGUAUUCCUGUGCCCCAAGUGGGCCAAGCCAUCUCUUGUCUAAAGGACCCUGAAGACCAGCGCGGUUCCAGUUCAUCAGAUACCUUACAGGCCAGCCCUAAAAAAAUAUUUUCUUCAGAUACAUGUACGGAAACUCACAUUUACAGUAAUGUAACUGAAACACCCACCUGUGAAAAAGGCUCCCUGUAUGGAAAAUCACCAUUCCAAAACUUCUCUGGCAACAUGGUGGAAAUGAUAGUGACUGAAGCUUGUGAGGUUGUAAGUGCUUCUAAAAAAAAGACAAGUUUAGAUGAUGAUUCUGACAUUCUUGCAAAUACAGUUGUGAGCCAGAGGGCGACUCUGCAUGUACCAAAUGCAGAGUUGGGUGGACAAAAGAUGUCUCACUCUGAGGGUAAUGCUACUCCAAACUCUGGUCAAAAAUCGGGUCGCACACCAGGCACUCCUCCGUCCACCCCCCAGCAGCCAAGUGAAAUAUCCAAGGAGAAACAAAUAAAACAGUUCUCCAAAAAGUUAAAAAGCAAGUUGGCCAAAGAAUUUUCCCCUGCUACCCCCCCUCCAACUCCACACUAUCACCCUGAACCUGGCCUGGGUCCAACAGAAAAGAGUCCAGAGGCAGAUAAGACAGAGUUUAUGUUAAAACUGAUGAGAUCUCUUUCUGAAGAGGCAGAUGGUAAUGAGGAUGAAGAGGAAGAUGAUAUACAAGAAGAUCCCAUCAUAAGUGCCACUGACAAAUCAGUCGAGUCAGAAAGUCGUCCGCAGGAACUGAGGCAGUUGGCAUCUCACAAGCUUUCCAACAAGGAAGCUCUCCAUUAUGCUGAGCAGUUGGCUUGUCAUAUAGUCUCAAUGGCAACCGAAAUAGACACUCUGAGAGUUGAUGAUGAGGUUGGGGAAUUUGCUGGUCCAGGUGAGAGAAGGCGUGACAGUGUAGCUCAAUUUUCACAACAGACUUUAAACUCCUUAUGGGUGUAUGCGGGUGAGGUGGCCGGGGAAGUGAUCAGUCAUGUGAAAAGGAUGGUGACCUCUGUCCAAGGUUCUCCAAGAGGUAGUGUAGAUCUUCUCAGCGCAGAGUGUUUGCAUCACCACCACCAUCACACUCUUGCAAGCACAGAUCAGAACCGGGACUGGAGGGUGGAGAGGGUGGCUGAACAAUGGUCAAACAAUCUCCUGGCUUCGGUUUUACGCUCACCUGGUUCCACGUCUAGUCGUUCAAGCUCUGGAUUGUCCUCUGCGUUUCCUAGCUGUGAGAGUGUGACCGAUGAAUACGCCGGCUACCUAAUUAGGGUGCUAAGAAAAGAGGGAGGCAGUCGGGAGUUGGUCCUUGAUCAAUAUGCCAGUCGUCUGGCCUACCGGUCCAUAAAACAAGGUUUGGCUCAUGCUAGUCGCAAGAUAAAACAAAGAUCUGCUGGUACCCGCCUUCGUCCUUCCAAGUCGUUACCGGAUGAAUGGAAGACAUCGAGUAGUGAGUCCACAGCAAGCAAGGACUUGAUGCAGUCAGUGGGUGGUCCCUCAUGUGAGGAUCCACAGUAUUGUUGCAGAAAGAAGCAGAGUUCGGGAGACAGUGUUGAACUAGUGAACUUUGCAGAAUCUUUAGCCCACAAUAUCACUUGUGAUGUCACACGAACACUUCGUCUAUCUUCUGUACGCCUCUCAAAGUCUCUGACUGACUCUUGUCUUUAUAAAAAAUCCAAACUUGAAAAUAUGACUGAGAACCUCAUUAGGAACUCAUUCUCCUGUCCUUUACUGUCCAAGGAUUCUAAGGUGAGUCAUUACCACAGCACAGAAAGCUUGCUUGAUGGAGGGUACAACAGAAGGAUGAUGCAGGUCAUUGAGCACUAUGCAAGGAAAAUAGUUGAUGACACGCUAAAGCUGAGCCUAGCUUCAGUAGGGCAUUCUUCCCAGCAUCAUCUAAGGACAACCGGCUUGGACAAAAGCUUACACGCCCAAAGGCUUUCUGAAGUGACUAGAUCUGGAUCAGUCCAGGGACAGAUGACCUGCCAGUUCUGUCAGAAUUUUGAAUGCCCCUACUGCACCAAAUUUAAUCAGCGUCACUACCAGACAAUAUUGCAGAGGAGGAGAAGGGGACCACCAUUUCCAGCAAAGCCAGAAACCCUCAAUGGGCUAGAGAUUCCUAAAAUCCACAUUGACCUAGAACACAAGUCGGCAUUUGCAGAGCAGAUGGUGACUUUGGCCAUGGAGAACGCAAAACGUGAGCUGAGCAACACAAGCCUUAACGCAGACAGUGGCAUCGGCCAUGAUGGAACGAGCUACGCAGAGAGCUUCACUGCUGAGAUCAUGACCUCUGCACUCAAUGUCUGCCAAGCAGCCAGCAUCAGCUCUCCAGGCAGAGAAGCCACUGAGUCCACGGUGUCCCAGCAGUUGAGUGUUGGGGAUGACAGUCUGGGCAGUUGGUCAAACCUUAGCUUCGAGGAUGAUAACAGCAGCUUCCUUCACCUCAGUGACAGCAGCAAUGGAAAUAGCAGCAGCUGGAGCAGUCUUGGCCUGGAGGGGGAGCCCUUUGAGGAACACAUGUCAUCCUCACCCUCAGACAGUGACCAUACAGACGACAAAGAGACAGAUGUCAAAGAGGAAUCUAAUGGAACAUUGUGUGUGGACACAACACAGAUACAAGCACCCAGGAGUUUGUUGAUUAUCCUGAACUCAGACAUUCGUGAACUCCGGAAGGGCCAUCAACACAUGACCCUUGACCCCCAGCUGAGGAGCUUGCUACAGUGGGCGGCAGCCUCUAUUGCAGGCAUCCCACUGAUUCAACUGAGUCCUGACAAGGAGCUCCAGCAGCUGCCAUCCGUGGUUCAAAGGCUGCGUGAGAGGAAAUGGAGAGUUGGAGACCUACUGCACCUACUUUUGCGCUACUGUGAAGAGCCGCACUCUCAGCCAAAGGAGGAGACGCCUCAGUCGGUCAGAGACUCUCAUCGCAUUCCCCUAUUCAAGUGGCUCCUUGAGCACACCUAAAGGCCUCAUAUUGUUCCUCACAGCAAAAUGCGACCACUGCAUUUUUCCAUUAGAGGGUGCUGUCAGCUGAGUAGGGGACUGUAGUAUUAUUACCCACUCAGUUUGAUUGUCCAGUAUCCUUACAAAUGUUUAUUUAACAAAAAACUCACACCUCACCCUUUCCUAAAACGGAAGAGGGGCCCAUCCCGCUUAUCCCUGGCAUUACGAUUUACGACACAGAGAGCGAGUGUGUUAUUGUUAUUGUUAGGGGAUCCCCAUGGCUGCCAGGCCAAUGAGUUCAUCACAUCCACAGCUCACCUUGGCAGCAUUGGUGUUUCCACAUGUGAGCGGAACACACACACGACAGGAACACAACUCCCUUACAUUAUCAAAGAAGGAUCAUGAGAAAGUAUUUCUUUCCAUCGAGGAGUUCCAUUGUUGUCUUUCAUCCUCCACUUUCAUCCAUAUGUAAUUUUAACAUGCUCAAAACCUAUUCCUGUAUUUGAAACUUUUUUUUUCCACCUCGUCCAUACAGAAACACUGCAAAAAUUGCCUUAGACGGUCCAAAAUGUAUUUGCCACUCUGCUUUAAAGAAGUAGUGUUUGCUUUCAACACAACAUGGCAGGAGAACUGUGUCAUAGAAGGAGUUGCAUUUUAACCACUACCCAUUGAUUCGGUGAUUGCAGAACUCACUUAAAAUCCAAAUGUUCUCGCCUUGGAUCUGGCUCUGGUACUGAUUACACUCCUGUGGCAAGUAACAUUUCAUAUAUAUUUUUUUACUGAGGUAGCCACACUAAUAUCCAAAAGUUAGGUGUUUCAGAGUACUGGGCCCAUAAUAAAGAGUGCUUUUAAAGCCGCAGACUUCUUUUUGGCCCCUGGCUCACCAAGAGACGCGUAGUUGCACAUUUAUGGGUGUUAAUAAGUUGACAAUGAAGAUAGAUGCUUAGCUCGGUAGUAUAGUGUGAGAAAGUAGCAAGACCUUAAAAUUGCAUCGCUAGUGAAUUGGUAGCCAGAGCAAGUAUCAGCGUAAAAUCAUCGAACUUUCUUAUCAUCAGAAGUCAUGGGGCAGCAUUUUUAACUAAUUGCAGGAUUUUAAUUACUAGACAUGGGAAGACGUAAGCAAAACUUAAUAAUAGUCAAGGAGAGAUGUAACAAAUGCAUGAAGUAUGGUCACAUUUUGCUAGCAAUCAAGUUGAGACAGAAAACGGUCAAUUCCCAGGACAAACUCAGAUGGUAACAAGCAAAUUUGAGUGAAACGAGGACAACUGCUUGUUACAGUCGAGGAGCAUACUCCAUUUCACCAAUUGUAUCGUAAAAAUCAAACGUUUAUUUUAAACCGUACCCAUCCCGAGAUUGGUUUAUGUGUCCCAGGUCGAUCAGGAGAUCGUUUUAUCAAUGUCACAAAAUAAAAUAAGUCAACAUUAGAGGCUUUAAUGUUGCAAAACUGACCUCAUGCUGACUCCUACCAUCAUGAGCGUCAUCCACGUAGUGUCCUCAUAGGUCUAUUGACGCAGAUGGCGUGAAUCUUUUGACCAAAAGUUAUGGCGAGAAUGUCACCUCACAGAGAGAUGACCACAACUUCCCCAAUUAGAUUCCAUCUUCAGUGAGUGAGCUUGUGGAAGAUUAAUGACAGAAUUACUUAGAUGCACUUUUAAUGAUCUCAUGACAGUGGUGGGUAACCUGUGCCGAAUAUGAUACCUUUAGAGCAUUUGAUACGACAAAUCAUGCAAUUGUUAAAUCUGAUGAAACAUCGGCAAGUCCCAAAUCAUUUAACCAGGACAGUACAUCAUUGCUGUCGAGUGGAAUUCUCACAUCUCCUAAACGAACAUUGUUUUAAACACUUUACAUUGAUUGAAAUACAUACACUAUAUAAAAUGUCUAUGUAUGAAGGAGCCAAAUGUAUGAAGGACCCAUAUGUGACUGGCUGAUUUGCUAAAAGUAUAUAAAAUUGAAAACAUUUGAACAUUUCUGCCUGACAAUGAAGACAUGCUUAUGAUGGUGAGCAUUUGUUGGAGACACUGUAAUAUAAGCAUAGCUUUGCAUCCGUCGUUUCGUUGUGGGCGGUCACCUGCAUGGAUUGAGCUUUUAAUUUUUAAAGCUCCAUUCCAUCUCUUGCUGCAAUUCUAUAGGCUGCUGACUGAAAUGAUACUUUAAGUAUACCAAUCUAAAACAGUGUUUGUCUCAUUUGUUUACUCGUGAACUAUAUCUCAAAAUGCACUAUUUAAAAAAAAAAUGUUACACUGUAUUUACUUAAAAAAAAAAAAAAAAAAAAAAAGGUUGAGUAUUAUUAAUUACCCUACAGAGUGUCUUGAGUUAAAAGGAAUGUACAAGAAAUUGUGAAAGAUCAUAUCUGUGUACAAAGUCAUUCCCUUGACAUUCCAGCUUGUAUUUGUGCUUGCUGGAUGUGCACCUGCAAAAUUUCGUGAAAUGGCCGCUGCUGUUGUAUUCCAGUGUUGUUUUUUUAAAGCACCCCCUUGCCACCUGAGCCCUCGCUCACACUUUGUUUCUGCUUAUGUGUAAACUCCUGCCAAAUAAAUGUAUUUUAAAAAAUUAAGUUAUACAAACAAUAAAUAUAUUGAAUAUAAUGUGGUAGUAAUUGGGCGAAGUGUUCUCCCCAGUGACAAUGCUGAAUCGUGAAUACACAUUUGUAAGCUUGACAUCAACACCUUAUUUACCAGUGUGACAAUAAAGCUUCUAUGUGGUUACACUUUUGGCUCAUUUUCAUACGUAACAUACUUGGUUAUUACUGUAAAUAUAAAAAUGUUGAAAAUGUUGUUUGGGCAUCUCAGUUUUGGUCAAGUUCACAUGACGUCAUACCCUCUUUCGGGUUUGCUGUGAAACUCCAUUGAGUUUUUAGGACCACCAGGAUUUACAAGGAAAAAAACAUUUGAUUUCGAAAAGGUAUAAUGAUUGUUGAUGAUUAGGCAAUAUGUUGGUUUGCUAAAUGUAUACAUAUUUUGAAUUGAACUGUUGAACAUUCUAAAUUAGGUGUGAAUGGAAGCUAAGUAAGGCUAAUAAUGCUGGAAGCUAAGUAAUGCUAAUAAUGCGUUACAUAUUUCUUUUUGAUAUCAACGCUGUUAGCUGCACAAAACUGCACACCACUCUCUCACUGUUUACGUCCUUGCCGUGUCGUUAAGCAUUAAUUUACCCCAUAUUCGUGUUGACCAUGUGGCAGCUAACGCUCCUCCAAUGUUGGCCGGUUUGUCCGGCGGUCAUUGUCCAGCUGCUUCCCCAAAAAUGAGCUCUUCUGCCUGCAGCAGGGGAACAACAGCUGUAACUUGCUCGCCGCAGGGCGGGUUGCCGAUUGGCGAAGACAGUCGACAACCCUGCCACCGUGUGAGAUGACCCGGGCUAGUUUUGUGUGAUUUUUCGC